AUGUCUUCCAAGUCGAAUGUCGCCACGCCCAAGCUCAAUAGCGAAGUCGAGAUGGGCACCCUUCCCGGUGACGACAGCCAGAACCAGGCGGAUGACAUUAUGCAGCUGGCCAGGAUAGGAGACGUUCCGGCCAUGGAGAAGUUGUUUGAGUCGGGCGAAUACGAUGCCACUUACAGCGAUGACGAGGGAAUCACACCCCUACACUGGGCCGCAAUUAACAACCAGUAUGCGAUGUGCAAAUUCCUGAUCGAACACGACGCCGAGAUCAACAGGAAAGGAGGCGAGUCGGUAGCGACACCUCUUCAAUGGGCUGCUCAGCGAUGCCACUAUUACACUGUCAACCUGCUCCUGCAGCACGGCGCAGACCCUCUCAUCACCGACGCCCAGGGUUACAACACCCUUCACAUUUCGACUUUUAACGGAAACGUCCUCCUCCUCGUGCUUCUUCUCCACCAGGGCAUUCCCGUCGAUGUCCUGGACACUUUCGGUCACACGGCGCUGAUGUGGUCGGCUUAUAAGGGAUUUCCGCAAUGUGUUGACCUCUUUCUCCGCUGGGGCGCCAGUGUUCACGCGACCGACGAGCAAGGCUUUACCGCUCUGCACUGGGCCUUGGUAAAGGGAAAUCCGGGAUGUAUCCUUAAGCUCAUCGAGUAUGGCGCCGAUCGAUUCGCAAAGACCCAGACUGGCAAGACUCCUGCCGUGACAGCCAGCGAGCUCAAUACGGAGGGCGCCUGGCACCGAGCGCUCCGGGAAUGUGGAUUCAACGAGGACGGCCAUCCCGCGGUGCCGCCGUGGCCUGGCGCGAGCUAUUUCUUGAAGGACAAGAGGGCGUUUGUCACCAGGUUCCUGUUCCUCUGGCCUUUUGUGCUUGUCUGGGGCAUGCUCAUGGCUGUAGCACAUGCGCCGGUGUACAUCGGUCUGCCCCUUGGCCUGGCUGUCGUGUAUGGUAUUCAAUGGGUUGCGCAGCAGGUCUUGGAGUAUGCACCUCCCGACAUGCGACACUUUCACAAGACGCCCUGGCUUACCGGCAUCUUUGCUGCAUCUCUGUUCUUGGUCGGAGUCAACUGGUUGACGACAGUUCUUUUUGCGACAACUCUGCGAGCAACCGAGGGUCACAGCCAUCUGUUUCUUAACAUCAUCUUUGCCAUCUCCUAUGGCCUCACGGCGUAUUUCUACGUCGCCAGCAUGCGAUACGACCCUGGCUUCGUGCCCAAGAUGAACGGCAUUGCGGAGCAAAAGGCUGUCAUUGACGAGCUGCUCGCGCAGUGGAAGUACGACGAAUCCAACUUUUGUGUUACGUGCAUGAUUCGAACACCUCUGCGAAGUAAGCACUGCCGCAGAUGCCAGCGAUGCGUUGCCAAGCACGACCACCAUUGCCCUUGGGUUUAUAACUGCGUUGGUGUUAACAACCACCGGCAUUUCUUCUUCUACCUCAUCUCGCUGUCUCUUGGCAUCCUUUCCUACGACUGGCUGCUGUAUUAUUAUUUCGAGAUUAUCAGCACAAAGGCUUCGGACUCUUGCAAUGUCCUUAGCCCUGGACUGUGCAAGUUCAUCAACGCUGAUUCUUACACUGCGCUCCUGGCUGUUUGGAUCAGCCUUCAGCUCCUCUGGGUCACGAUGCUUCUCUUCACCCAGUUCUUCCAGGUCUCGCGAGCCAUGACGACUUACGAGAACAUGUUUGGUGUUCAGGAUGGCACUGCCAUUACGGCCCUCACCUCGACCGGCGCGCCUCUCGACCCCAACCACCCAUCUCUGUCCACAUCAACUCCUGCGGCUCACUCUCACAAGCACAAGGGCGGUAUGCUCAAGCAGUGGAGCCGUAUCCUGGGAGUUGAUCCCUUCAUCGAGACCAUCACUGGCCGAGGAGCAGUAUCGACGAAGAACAAGCGCAAGAAGAAGAACCCUUACAGCAGAGGCUGCAUCACCAACUGUAAGGACUUUUGGUGCGACCCCGCCCCCGUCUUUGGACAAAGGGAAACGGGAACUGCUGUUCUCGGCGGCGAAAAGAUCGACUAUACUGCCAUGUACGAGAGUCCUACUUUGAUGCAGUUGACGGGCCGACGAGAGCGUGGUGGCUACGAGGCGGUGGGCACCGAGGAGGUUUAA